UCAAUUUUCUACAAAAAAUCAAACUUUAUUGGAAGUUUGUAUUAUAAAGUAUUUCCAUCCGCGUUCAUGGUUAUGCCCACAACGUACAAGCUACGAUUGCCCACAAUAAACAAACAUAAACGGUAUAUAAGAAAAACAACGAGGGAAAACAUUCAAGGGGGAUUUCUAAGAGAAUCCCAAGGCUAAAAACCACAUGCCGAUCGCCCACAAUACAAUGUUUCAGCGAAUGCUCCUCGUUUUCCUGUUAUUGGGCAUCGCUAUGUUGUUCAUUGUUCCGGGAGCGAUCAGUACGUGCAAUCCUGACAACUAUACAAGUUUUAAAUUCGGGAAGAAUUUGGAGAUGGUUCUGAAUGAUCUUGUGAAUCAUACAUCAUCCUCAAAUGGUUUCAACACCUCUGUCUCUGGCCAAAAUCCAGACAAAGCUUAUGGACUUCUGCAAUGUAGGGGAGACACAACGGAGGAGGAAUGUCUGAGCUGCUCAAAACAAGCAAUCUCCACCGCUCGCGAGCUUUGUGGAAAUGCCACUGGAAGUAAAUUAUGGCUGGACAAGUGCUUCUUACGCUACGAGAAUUUUAGCUUCGUUGGAAAACUGAAUACCGAUGGGACGUCUUAUUUCAAUCCAGUGAAGAUUAAGGAUGACCCUGAUGGGUUUAGUGUGGCAGUUCAGGCACUUUUCAGAAAUCUGACAGAUGACGCCCUUCUAUCUCCUAUUCGAUAUGCUUCUGGACAAACAAGCGCUCCUUCAUUUAACCAGAUAUUCGGUAUUCUUCAGUGCUGGAGAGAUACAACUUCUGUUGAAGACUGCAACACAUGCUUAAAACUUGCAAUUCAUUCGAUGUUAGGGGCAACGGAUAAUGGAACUCAUGAAGCAGGUUGGGGUUGCUUGGGAAGUUGUGUUGCUCAUUAUGAAAUUAGCCCAUUCUUUACUCCUGCGCCUCCUCCACCUUCCCUCCAAAUGCCAUCUCAACAACCGAUUCAGCAGCCACUUAUAACACCUAAAAAAUCUUCAAGCAAAAAAUAUUUAGUUUUGGGUACUGUGAGCGGCUUGCUCAUGAUUCUACUGUUAUGUCUAUUUGCAAUCCGGAGAAAAUUGAAGUCUGCCUUAGUAUUAAGGAAAUCAGCUACCGCAAGGAAAGUGAACCAAGAUAUAGAGGUAAACUCAAUGAUUGAGCAUGAAACAAUCUUCAACUUAGAAAAUAUCAAGGCUGCAACUGAGAAUUUCCAUGAUGAUAACAAGCUUGGAGAGGGAGGAUUCGGUCCAGUCUAUAAGGGCACAAUGUCAAAUGGAGUACAAAUAGCAGUGAAGAAACUUUCUGUACAAUCAUUGCAAGGGAAAGAAGAGUUUCUAAAUGAAGUUAAGCUGAUUGCAAAUAUUCAACAUCGUAAUCUUGUUAAUCUACUUGGGUAUUGCGUAGAGGGAUUAGAACGCUUGCUGGUUUACGAGUUCUUAUCAAAUAAUAGCCUUGACAAAAUACUCUUUCAUCCACAGAGAAGUAAAGAGCUUGGCUGGCACAAGCGUUUAAACAUUAUACUUGGAAUAGCUCGUGGGCUUCUAUACUUGCAUGAAGAUUCUCAGUUGCCCAUCAUUCAUCGAGACAUUAAAGCAAGUAAUAUUUUGCUUGAUGAGAAAAUGGAGCCAAAGAUAUCAGAUUUUGGCUUAGCUAGACUAUUUAGUCGAGAUGAGACUCAUAUUAACACAUUGAGGGUUGCAGGAACAUUUGGGUAUAUGGCACCAGAGUAUGCUCUAGGAGGUCAACUAUCUAUUAAAGCUGAUGUUUAUAGUUUCGGUGUUGUCGUUUUAGAAAUUAUAUGUGGAAUAAAGAACAAUGAUAUUAGAUUGUCCUCUGAAUUCCAAAGCCUACUAGAAUGGGUAUGGAGAUCUUAUAGGGAAGGAAAUACUACUAAUGUGAUUGAUAAAGAUAUAAUAGAAAGUUUCUCUAGAGACCAAGUUUCAAGAUGCAUUCAUGUGGGUCUUCUAUGUACACAAGCAGAUGCAUCACUUCGUCCAGGAAUGUCCAAUGCAUAUGCAAUGCUUUCAAAUCGUUUUGUGGGUGACUUACCAGAUCCGACAAGGCCUGCCUAUCUAAGUGUUACACAAAGAAAUACCCCAUUAAUUAUAUCUACAUCUACAUCUACAUCAACACCUACAAGGAUAGUCUCUCCUACUUCAUCUGCAACUCAUUUGGUAUACCCAUCUAUCAAUGAUACAUCGGUAUCAAAUUUGGGUCCUAGAUAAUCCCAGUUGGCUUUUCUAAUGUAU